AUGACUGAAAACAAUCGCCGCACGUCAGCGGUCGCCUCGCCCAAGAUACCGCCACCGCCGCCGCUGCCUCUACCCAAGCAAAAGUCGCGCUCCUACUUUGAGCGCUUUGUUGCACAGCCCUUGACUACCGCCUACGGCUCCCGUCCACCGAGCGUGCAGCAAGGUCAUGGCCCAGAAGGCGGCCUUCCGAACCCUCUAGUGCCCAAACUUACCGGUCGCCAUCAGUAUGCAGGCAUCAACGGCGGUAUCCGUGAUGUCCAGUGGUCGCCUACCGACGCGGUAGAAUUCGCUUUUGGCACCGACAAUGGCACCAUACAGCGCUGGGACUUUCGUAAUAACAAGGGCCCCAAGCAGAAAAUUACAGCGCACGACCAACGCAUCUGCACCUCUAUUGACUGGCAUCCAGACGGCAAGCACCUGCUCAGUGCCGGCGUCGAUCGAACUGUCAAGGUCUGGGACUUUUCCAUUACUGGACGCCGCCAAAAGGCUGCCUUCGUCUUACACACGCCCUUUCCUGUAUACCAGGCGAGAUGGAGACCACCAUACUGGUCUGACGACUACCACGAAAAGGGCGCCUACCAGUGUACACAGCUGGCCACAUCUUACGAUCGCGAGCAUCCUGCCAUCCAUGUCUGGGACUUUCGUCGACCUUGCCUGCCUUUUCGAGAAAUUAACAGGUUUGCUACCGCGCCUUCCGACAUGCUUUGGCAUUCGCGUGACACACUAUGGACUGUUGGCAAGGAGGGCAUCUUCCAGCAAAACGAUGUCCACCAUGCUCCCAAGACACUCGACCGCCGCAACCUACAGGCGCUUGCAGUAUCACCAAGUGGGGAAGUCAGUGUUGUUGCACAGAGGAGGCCUCGACUGCGCGCCUCUGCCAGUCUGGCCUACACAAACGAUGCAUACCUUGGCGAUCCACGCGAUAGACGGCAUAGUCCAGAGAAAGGUACUCUCAGAAACUCAGCAGAUGACAGCCUGGACGAUAGCUUCCUCACCUCUUCCAUGAAGCGGCACCAUGGGCGCACCGCAAGUAACAGGUCAACCAAGUCAUUCAGCAGCACGCCACCUUCGGACACUGCUCCAAAGGUCAUGUUCCUCAGCGACUCGGUCGUCGCGCACAGUGAGUCAUCCAGGCCGAAUCAGGUUGCCUUACGAGGCAUACUACCCGGCGUGACCAAUACUCAGAUCUUUGCCUAUCUGGCACAGAAGUACAAAACCAUACAGCUUUCCGACCCCCCUGACGUGGAAUCUUUUUUCCGAAUAGAACACGUCUUUCAACAGAAUGCAGAGUAUGCGCAGCGCGCAGCCUUAUACAGGCUAGCGCAGUCAUGGAGAGUCGUCGGUACAUCCAUUGCUGUGGCCACACGCCGCCGAGCAGAGUUACACAGACAACAAACAAGGUUGCGGCCGUCUGACAAGCCGCCCAACGUAUCGUCUGGCCUCGUGGACGCACAUGACAAACGGCUGACAGUGCCGCCAAAUCCUGCAGUGCGAGCCAUUCUCGGUACACUCGACAAGCCAGCUUCUCCGUCUCGAAAGCCAGUGGUGGUGGAGAGCACCUCUAACCUUACGACGCCCCUCGCUCGCCCCGUGCUGACCCAUGGCGGCAACAAUCUGCAGAGGCCAGACCUGCUCGACCUCGACCAAGAAGACAUUGAUCAGCUUCCGCCUUCUAUUACAGGACCACCACCUGAUGCGAACAGAAUGCUUGCAUCAUCGCAGAGAAAUUUCAGUGGACCCCAUUGGUAUCAUACCGGAGAUGGCCUUGAUGAAAGGCGGGCCUUGGUCGGUAGCUAUCGAGCAUCUCCACGGAUUCCACUAAGUCUUGUACCGAGCAAUGAACAAGGAAUGAGUAUCAGUGUACCACGUCCACUAGAGCGACACGACUCUGGAGAGAGCUUUACCAUGUUUUCUGCCUCAUCAGACUCUCAAAAGGGCAACUCGAUGCCAAGCUCAUUUGCGAGCGGCAGUUCGCAGCUUGACCGUGUCAAGGCUUUGUCGGAGGACUGGCAAGCGCUACCGGACAAAUCCAGCUUCGGUAAACCAAGGGUGACGGGGGAUGAAGUGUUAGGCAAAAGCAUCUCCAUAUCUCCUACGACUGUUCUUCUCGGCGCAAGCGGUGUUGGCUCAGGCCUUGAUGAUUCACAAAGCUUGGCCCGAAAUGGUUUAAGCCACGAAGAUGAGCCUGGCAGUGGAGAAAAGGCUAUUCGCGACAUGCAGCAUCUACGAAGAAACAACCAGCUGCUUCGACAUGACAGUUCUGAUUCCGAAGCACUCACGAGCAUCUCAUCAUCUUCGUAUGAUUACCAUGAAAUGGAGGCCAGCGGAACGAUUGUGCCUGAUGUAUUUGAGGAGAUACGAUCGCCACAUAUCCCAAGGCCUAUCACAUCUCUACCAAAUGUCACUGGAGGUGCACCUCCGGUCCUUGACCCAUCUACCAACGAUGCAUUAACGUUGUCUGAUUUCCAGGCUAUGCAUAUUGAUGCCGAAGUGGAGUCGCCAUUUUCUGUUGUUGGGUUGCUGAACAAUCUCCUCACCCAUCACGCUGAAGCCUCGGAUGCACAGUUCUCAUCCAUUCUUCUUCUACUCAUGGCCCCAUUACUGCCGCAAACGCACAGUUCGAUUGACAAUCCGAGUGCCGAUGUGGCAGAAGUCCUCAAUGUCUUCGCUGAUACCUUUGUUUCACUCGGACUAACCCCAACGCAAGCGAAAGCAAUUCUCGCAACACAACUAAGCGAACUUAUAGCCACUGGUGUCAAUCCUUACCAAGCCGAGUCUAUCUUACACACCUAUCAUGCCCAGCUGCACUCUCUGUCUCUGUUCAAUUCUGCGGCUUCCUUACGCCGUUUAGCAUAUCCGACCUACCCUGCUGUAUAUGAGCAAGCCCUGAAAGAGACCCAGGUCGGACUACUGUGCCUAAGCUGCAAGUCACCAAUCAACAACCCGAAGGAUAAAAUGCGCUGCGAGUCAUGCAGGCGUACACAGGCACCAUGCCCGAUAUGUUGGGCUAAAUACUCCGCUUUCGAACCAGUUACCGCCAAGAAGAAGAAGAAGAGGUCGAAAUCUCGUUCAAACUCUAAUGACCUGGGACAUCGGAGGCACCGAUCGUCUCACACAACGUGUCGAGACCUUGAUGCCGAUCACGAAGCUGACGAUCCAUCGCCGAAAGUUCCGGCCAAGUGGUCUCAGCCUACAGCAACACUUUGGACGUGGUGUCCGCUAUGUGGGCACGGUGGACAUACUAAUUGCAUUUCGACAUGGUUUGCCGACCCAACCUUGUCAGAUGGGGCAUGUCCCACUGAAGGCUGUCUUUGCGACUGUGUCCAGGGCAAUCGGCGAGAUGAGAAGAUCCAGGAGAUGCUUCUCAAGAAGGCAGAGAAGGACCGAUCGAAGCUCGUACGCAAAGGUGAUGAUUGGAAGGUAAAGGAGAGUAAGGCCGUCUCUGCAGUACGCAGCGCCGCUCUUGAUACGAUUUCAGAUCAUCAUCCACCCGGCUCCGGGACAACAACCCCGACACGUAAAUCAUAG